CCCCCCCCCGCGUGAGGAGCCAGGAGCCCCAGUGACGUGUUUCCGGUUAACUGUCAAGUUGCGGGGCUCCAGUACAUGUCAGUAGGCGGGACGGGCGCGGACUGGAAACCGACGGACGUUGGCGGGGGGUGAUAACAACUUCCAUCAGACCCAGGUAACACCACGGAUUAUGCUUUUUUGCUUUAGUUUCUUCCACUAUCGUCUUCCCGCCUCGUCGAACCACCGUCCCGACGUUGAUAAAGUUGUAAGGUGCAGUUGUCACCGUGGACCGCUGCGCAUGCCUUCGGCUAAAUUUAUCCCGGAUGGCGAAGUGUGGUAGUGCGGGGAAGUUGAGACGCGUCGGUUGCCUUGGGAUUAACUCGUGUACACGAACGUCAACGGGAGAAACAGGAUCAAACGAAAAAUAAUUCUUCCACAGUUUGUAAAUCUGAAGUACCCAGGACCGAGUCGUACUACGGCCGUGAAGAGACAUGUCUUUUAUAUUUGACUGGAUCUACAGGGGCUUCAGCAGUGUCCUACAACUAUUAGGGUUGUACAAGAAGAGUGGCAAGCUGGUGUUCCUCGGACUAGACAACGCUGGGAAGACAACACUCCUGCACAUGCUCCGAGACGACCGGCUGGGGCAGCAUGUGCCGACCCUACAUCCAACAUCUGAGGAGUUGACCAUAGCCGGAAUGACCUUCACCACGUUUGACCUCGGAGGUCAUACACAAGCACGAAGGAUCUGGAAGAACUACCUCCCAGCCAUCAAUGGUAUCGUCUACAUGGUGGAUUGCGCCGAUCAUGAGCGACUAGCAGAAGCCAAGAUUGAACUGGAUGCCCUGUUAACAGAUGAAACCACCUCCAAUGUGCCCGUUCUCAUCCUGGGGAAUAAGAUAGACCGUCCAGAGGCCAUCAGUGAAGACGGACUGAGGGGCAUGUUUGGUCUUCAUGGACAUACGACCGGAAAGGGCAAAGUGUCCCUGAAGGAGCUGAACUUGAGGCCAAUGGAGGUUUUCAUGUGCAGCGUGCUAAAGAGACAAGGAUACGGAGAUGGUUUCCGCUGGCUCUCUCAGUACAUCGACUGAUUCACGCUCUUUGCAUGAACCUUAACCAGACUUACCGUGCUGCAUGUGUGCGCAUACAAAAACCUGUUCCACACAAAACUACCUGCCAUAGAGAAAUAUGAUAUACUAUAUUUAGGACUUUGACUGUGCCAGUGUUAGUGAGUCACCUGUAUGUCAGACUGUAUCAAUUAUACCACCGCUUGUCAAAUUAUCAUCCAUUAUUAUUCAGAUUGGUUAAGUGAUAUUCGUGCCAUGGUUUCUACAUUCACUUGAAUCCUGUUGGGAAUUCAGUCUGCCAUGUAGAACAUGUCCUCGCCGUGAACCAGUUUCUGACCUGGGCUUAUUUUUAGGCGCCGGUGUUGACUUACAGUGAAGGUCAUUCGGUGUCAUUCUGUGCUUGGAGUUGCUCUUCCUUGAUUGAGAACGAAAGAAAGUGUGUUGGCACAGAUAUAACAUUAUGUCUUUAUAUUUAUCCAAUUUCUUUCAGAGUAAUAGGCAUCUUGAGUUGCCAUCUCUUUAUCUCAGAACAGAAUAGUUUUCAUGUAAAGUUCUGCGGUGAUUUGUUGAUGAGAAAAGUGUUGAUACAGUAGCCUGCUACCUCUAAGGAUGACAUUUUAUGCUGAUUGCAUGAUUUUUUUUAUUUUUUUUUAAUCAAUGAAGGGUUUACCACUACAGGCCAAUGAUAUAAAUGUGACCACAAGUGCAUUAUAUGACAAACUACUACUAGUCCAGUGUGAGGAUGCUAAACUACCUGUUUUCAAGAUGGUUACUUGCUGUGACAUGACUUGAGUACUUUGUGAUUAGUCGCUGCUCACAACGUGCAGUGAUAUUAUGAGAGUACUUGGGCGGUGCUUAAAAAUAGGGCACGCAAAAUGCUAUGCAUGAAAUCACCUGUUAGUGCAAUAUUAUAAUUUUUUUGUAUAUAAGCUGUUAUUUAUACUUUGCAAUAAAAGUUGGCUUCCCUUAUUACGUCAAGCAUUGUGCUCUGAAGUAAUAAAUCUGUUACAAAAGGGCAGGUUACAUUGUUAUUGAACAUGUGUGAAGUUUGAGAAUAAUAAAUAUUUUUGACAACUGUUA